AUGUAUCAUUUCCGACAGUAUAUCUUUCUGCGCCCAACAUCGACUGUUCGUGCCUUCCAUCAAAUCGUAUCAAAUACUUUAAUAUCAGAGAACUCGUCAAGUCCGUUUAAACUACCGCCGAGGAAAUCGACCAUGAAAACAAAGUUAGUAUCCAUUGAUCCAAACUCUUUUUCGUUUGUAGACGGUCUCGAAGACCCGACGUUCACUACUACAGAUCCGAAUGCUGAAAAAAUACUAUCUAAAGCAGCACUAUUAUUAAAAAACAAUCAAGUAGUAGCAAUACCCACAGAAACGGUGUAUGGCUUAGCGGCCAAUGCUCUUAAUACAAGGGGUAUAUUACAAAUUUAUGCGACAAAGAAUCGACCGGCAGAUAACCCACUCAUCGUUCACGUAUCCUCUCUAAAAAUGCUUCGAUCCCUCCUCAUGAACGAAGAAAUCCCACAAAUAUAUCACUCGGUCAUACAUAAAUUUUGGCCAGGCCCUUUGACCAUACUGUUUCCCAAGUCGUCACUCAUCCCGUCCGAAAUAACAUGCAAUCAAGAAACAGUAGCCAUCCGAUUUCCAUCACACCCAAUUGCCCGAGCAUUAAUAUCUGUUUGCAAAUUCCCGUUGGCUGCACCGUCUGCGAAUGUUUCCGGUAGACCAUCACCGACCUUGGCAUCGCACGUUAUGGAUGAUUUGAACGGAAAGAUACCGAUGAUAAUUGACGGUGGGCAAUGCAGUUUUGGUGUCGAAUCCACUGUUCUAGACGGAUUGCAUGUACAUGGCCCAGUCAUACUUAGACCAGGUGGAGUGACAUACGAGGCAUUGAUAAGUAUACCGGAAAUGAGCGGGUUAAGAGUAUAUAAAAAGGACUUUGUAGAUAAGGAUCUUGAAGCGACACCGACUACGCCCGGGAUGAAGUACAGACAUUACUCACCCAAUGCACAGGUUAUUCUCCUCGAAGGGAAUGACGUGCAUAACAUUAGAAAGCUCGUCGAAAGUGAGGUCGCCAAUGCCGUAAAGAGUGGAAAUAAAAAGAUCGGAAUCCUACGCACCACGGGAGUGUCAGAUGUUCAGGGCGAGUGCCACACGCAAGAGGUAGGUAAUGGAAUAGAGGAUAUGGACAAUGUGACAACGUCACAUGAAACGAUAGAAUAUAUCUUGGGAAACGCUGAACGACCACAGCAGGUCGCCCAAGAGCUAUUUAAAGGUCUGAGAUAUCUUGAUGAGCAAAAGGCGGAUUGUAUAAUAGUGGAAGGAGUGUCGGAAGCGUAUGAGGGACUGGCUGUUAUGAAUAGAUUAAGAAAGGCUGCUACUAGGAUAGUAACGUGA